UCAUAUAAUCUUAGUUUUCGACUGUUGGUCAACAAGAAGACUUCUUUUCUUACGAGAAUUAUAAAAAUCUUGUUGAUUUAUUCAAAUGUGGGGUUCUAUCAUUAAAAUAAAUACUCCUUUUUAUUCUAAGCUUAAACAAAUAACUAAGAUACAAACAAGUUGUAUUCAUUAUGUACAAGGGCAAGAACCAGAGCCUAAGAUUAGAGAGUACUUUUAUUACAUAGAUCAUCAAGGUAUGCUAUUUUUAGAUGAUUCUAAAAUGAAAAAUUUCACCUCAUGCUUUAAGGACAAAAAGUUUUUAGAAUUUUUUUUCAAGAGAAUAAAAACAAAUAAUACUGGUAGAUACCAAAAUGAUUUUCCAUUCAUUUCAUUGUGUGGCCGUGAAAGAAAUUUUAUUAGGUGUGAUGAUAUACCUAUUGUAUACACCCAUAUUAUUACAAAGAAUUCAAAUGAUUUUUUGACUUAUGGAUAUGUAGGUGACUCUUUAACAUAUCAAUUUAGUCCAGAGAAAAUAUAUAUGCUACCAGCAACAGGAAGAGUAUACCAUCCGGCAGAUGAAAAAUAUGGAGGAAUUGGAUUAAUAAGAUCAAAGUUAGCUAUUGAAUUAAGCAAACACUUUACUUUUGCUGGUGGAGAACAUGAUUCACCCACUCAUUUCAGAUGGAAAGGUUUAGAAUAUGAACUCGAUCAAACUUGGUUUAAUAAUAUGUUAAACAGGCACAAUUUGAAGAUAAACAAAAGUUAAACGGCAGAAUAUUUAUUUAAUAUCUUGUAACAAUGAUGUAUCAUUACAUAUUACAUACUAUAUAUAAUACUCUGAAAUUUAUGUUUCACAUAAACAAAAUUGUUGAAUGUAUGCACAAAUUCAGAAAUUAUGUUGUUAUUCUAUUUAUUUACCAUAAAAUAUAUUUCUGUGUUUUGUUGUCAACCUUGUCUCCUGUUUCUUUGAAACAUUACAAUAAAUUUACAUUAUAAUAUUCAUGUUACUCCUUAAAAAAAAUUAAAUGUUGAUUUUCGAGUAAACAAGUCAUACUCUCUCGCAAAUUGAACUACUUAUUUAUAAUUUGUACAUGACAUUGUAACCUUGUAGAAGUAGUAGGUAUAAAUAAAAUAAUAUGUGUAACAACUUUAAUCACAGACAUCAAUAUUUAUAUUAAUGGUUUUGGACAUUUUCCUAAUAAUAUAAAAACAAUGUUUGAAUAA